ACUGCUACAGCUCCACCACGGCCAAAUCGUCGUACUCUACAACAAGCAGUAGCUGCUAGUGCUUAUGAUGCUGGCAAUAGCGCUUCACCGUACUACGGUAGUGGUGGCUACUCAACAUCUCCAGCGUACAGUAGUCCCUACAGUACUCGUUCAUAUCAAUCCCCACCGGUGGUUGCACGAAAUCUUGUCAUACAACCGGAUGGAUAUUUCAUGCAUGAUGUAUCUCCUGACGCAUCGCUGUCACGUCUACGACCACCUCGAUCGGAAUCGCCAUCGACGUCAAGUGGAGUGCCGCAGCUGCGUGUGGAUACACAUGCCAAUAAGAGCGAGUCCAGCUUGGAUAAUACAGAUGAAGAGCAAUCAUCCGGUACCACUACUAUGAAUCACAAUCGCAGAGAUUCUGGAGUUGGAUCAAGCCUAUCCAGAUCACCUAGGUAG